AUGCCGGAUAUGAGUGUAAAUCAUUGUUCUGGCGAGGUUGUGUUGACUUUCGCGAAACGGACGGCGUUGUUCGAGUUUCGUUGCGGGAGUCGUCUUCGAGUAGAGAAUUUUUAUCGUUUCUUGGUUAAAGAAAAUUUCCAGUAUUUCUUCACUGUCGUCGACGCUAAUUUUCAGUGUUUCUUCGCUAUUCGCGCCAUGUUUCACUCUAGUUGUUUGAGUGUCAUGCCCGAUCACAUCUUAGAAGACAUCUUGGCACUUAUUUCUCUGACCUCACUUGUCGUUGGUACCUACGUUUGCAAGAAAUGGCGAUCUAUCAUUAGCUGUCCAACCUUCCUUGACCUCUACAGCCAAAUCCAGGAGCAUUCUGAGAGCUUUCUAUGCGUGAACGGAUUUCGAUACAAAAUUACGGACGCAAAUGCAGAUAACAACGGUUCUAGAGGCGAAGAUCCCGCCGAGCCCGUCGUGUCAACAAUCUGGAGACACUAUUGGGGCACCGGAUGGCUUAUCUUCGAUCUCUCCGAACAAUCAGCACUGCAGAAACUUUCGUACAAGCUGGGAAUUCUCGACAAGCAAUGGAAAGAGACUCCCGCGCUCAUCUAUUCUCGAGUUUUGCCCAUAGUUGGGAUGCUUAAGCGCCUAAGGAACUGCAGCCACAUGGUGAUUUGCAUAGGGGGUUUAAUUUCCAACACGAUCAAAGAGUCCAUUUCCAAGGUUCAAAUCUUCGACUCCGAGUCCAACGCCUGGGAAGAAUGCGAGGAUUUACUGGUGGAAUUCCAUGGUAUAUCCACGGCGAAAGCAAUUUCGACUUUGGUCUGCAACCAGAAGCUCUUCAUCUUUCACAUUUACUCGGGAAUUAUGGGGUCCUUUGAUGGGAGAACGAAGUGUUGGAGCCAGGUGAAAACAUUCCGUCCACCAGGAAUGCAGUAUAACUACUUGGCGCUUCGGAUGGGUAGGCUGUAACUCGUGGGAGUGAAUCCGGAGAAUGACAAGUUUUUGUUUCGGGGCUGGGACGUAGAUGAUGUUUCAAUGGAAUAUUCAGGGCCAUCGCGGCCCCUGCUGUUCAAUUUCGUACGCACGAAAACUCAGCAUGAUUCACGCAAGUUGAAGGCCUAUGCAGAUGUGGUUUCUCGUCCACCAAUUCCGUCUCUGGAUCUUUCUGCUUCCAUUCCCGCAUGUCCAAUGCUUCUUCACUACUUGAUUGCCAUUGUGAGAU